AUGAACCAGUCCGGCCGCGUCUCGAGCUUCACCAUCCGCUCCAUCCUGGGCUCAGCCGCGGAGCGCGCGCUCUCGGUAUCACCGGACUACAGCAGCGGGGAGGAGGAGGAGAACUGCGCCACCGACUGCUUCUGCAAACUGCACCAAAACAUCUGCACCGAUGCAGUGAUAAAACCUGGGCCGGAAGGAAAAGAGCACGGAUUGCUCAACUGCAUUAAGAACAGCAAAGACACUAAAGACGGACCAUGUGGUCAAAGGUCACCAAGCCCACUUGAGGAUAAACAGCCAGACAGCAUCAGUGACAAAGCCAGCGUUGAUGCCACAAAGAAGAAGACUCGCACCGUCUUCUCGCGCAGUCAGGUGUUCCAGCUGGAGUCAGCAUUCGAUGCUAAGCGCUACCUGAGCAGUGCAGAACGGGCAUGCCUGGCAUCGAGCCUACGACUGAGUGAGACUCAGGUUAAAACCUGGUUCCAGAACCGGCGUAACAAGUGGAAGAGGCAGCUGGCAGCAGAACUCGAGGCAGCACAUAUGACUCACGGGACACCCACAGCAGCUCGGACUCUGGUUGGGAUGCCGCUGGCUGGGUUCGGCCUGCCUAUACCGAGAUCUGCUGCAUUUCCAAUGUAUUAUCCCGGCAGCAACAUGCCAGCGUUUCCUCUGUACAGUCUUUAUACUAAUGUUGAUUGCUGA